AUGUUCAUAUUCGCACCGCGCGACAUGUCGACCUCCCGGCAAGGCUCAACCUCGCGACGAAAUCGCUACGGGCGCUCGUCCACCACGACGAGCGUCACGCAGCUGCUGAGUGAUUCCUGCACGAGUCUCCUGCAGAAACUGACCACACGAGUGCGCGGAACGUCUGCGCUCAACGAUAGAUUGCCCAACCUCAGCCACAACAUCAACCGAUUCGGAAGCACGCGGAGCCGCUUGGAGGACAAGUAUAAUACGAUUCUGGAUAAGUAUUCCAGUAAGAAACCUGCCGACGAUUCGGAGCAGAAUGUUCGCGGUUAUUCGCGGAAGGAGCGCGAUCACAGCUAUUACCAUCGAGAAGACAGUCCGUUCGUUCGCGAUGACAAGACCCUGGAGCCCUCGGUGAGCCGCAGCGUCAUCAAGAGUCCCACCAGCGUGCUUCUCAGCGAGAAGGCUUACCCUUACGUGAGCUCCGCGAUCAGUAGAGAACCCAGACGAGAGAAAACACCUGCCUACGGCCGUAUGAAUCGUACGCAGAUCCUGCUGAGCUCGGACGCUUAUCGUCGCUACGGCAGACACAAGUCCGGACACGCGGAAACGCGCAGUCGGAAAGUUAGACCGCAUCGAAACGGUAAGAGUGAGCAAUUGGAAGCCCACUCGACGUCUCUAAGAUUAACCCGACCUAUCAAGAUCGAACCUUUCGUGGACGGCGAGGAAGUUGCGAUGGACCCGGACAAGACGCCAAUCGCCAAUACGGACAAUGAGAACGUCGCCAAAAAUAUCGCAUCGACGGAGGAGGAUCCAGCGAUCUCGGAUAGGGCGGCCAAGCGGAAGGAGAUUCAGAGCUUGAUCCUGAAAUAUGCCGCCAUGGAGGAUACUUAUAGCCAAUUAGCGUCCGGAAAACAAGCGACGAAUGCACGUCCCAGCACGACUGACCUCAUCGCCCACAAGUACAGGAAGAGCAAUCAUUGUAACAAUCAGAAGGACAACGCGCCCAAGAGCACGGUAGCCUCGAACACGAUUAGCGAGAUGGCCGCGAUCUGCCGCGCGAUCAGCCCACGACCGCCCUCCGUCGAGGACGACGAAGACGGCCACCUUGUAUACCAAUCCGGCGACAUCCUGGCAAAUAGAUAUAAAGUACUGGCCACCCUAGGAGAGGGUACUUUUGGAAAAGUUGUCAAGGUUAAGGACUUGCAAAUGGAUCAUGUGAUGGCUCUAAAGAUCAUCAAGAACGUGGAAAAGUACAGAGAAGCGGCAAAAUUGGAGAUAAACGCUCUCGAGAAGAUCGCCGGCAAGGAUCCGGAAGGCCAACACUUGUGCGUGAAAAUGCUGGACUGGUUCAAUUACCAUGGGCAUAUGUGUAUCGCGUUUGAGAUGCUGGGUCUGAGUGUUUUUGAUUUUUUGAGGGACAACUGUUAUCAGCCGUAUCCAUUGGAGCACGUCAGGCACAUGGGCUAUCAACUUUGUUACGCUGUCAAGUUUUUGCACGACAACAAACUCACGCAUACGGACCUCAAGCCGGAGAACAUUCUAUUCGUCGAUUCGGAUUACGAUAGUACAUAUAAUAAUAAAAAGCGGAGGGAUAUGAGACGUGUGAAACGAACUGACAUCAGACUCAUCGACUUUGGUAGCGCCACUUUCGAUCACGAGCAUCAUAGUACGAUCGUAAGCACGAGACAUUAUAGAGCACCCGAAGUAAUUCUAGAAUUGGGCUGGUCUCAACCAUGCGACGUCUGGUCCAUCGGUUGCAUUUUGUUUGAGUUAUACCUGGGCAUCACGUUAUUCCAGACACACGAUAAUCGCGAGCAUCUGGCGAUGAUGGAGCGCAUACUUGGCACGAUACCGCAUCGCAUGGCCCGCAAAACUAAAACUAAGUACUUUUAUCACGGCAAACUGGAUUGGGACGACAAGAGUUCGGCCGGCAGAUACGUCCGAGAUAACUGCAAGCCAUUGCACCGUUAUAUGCUGUCCGAUGACGAAGAACAUCGUCAAUUGUUCGAUCUCAUUCAAAGAAUGCUCGAGUACGAACCCGCUCAACGCAUCACUCUAAAGGAUGCAUUGACGCAUCAGUUUUUCGACGCCCUGCCGGCGUCACAGAGAUUGCCUGAUCCACGAGCGGCUGGUGACUCCCAACAGUCCCACGAACGAUCACACUCACUCUCUCGAUGAAGCUAGGAAAGGGACCGACCUCCAUGCUGGACAGACACUCCACUUUCAACGACACUACUGCCCUACAUCUUUGUUCUGGUAUCAUUAGUUUUCAUGAAAACAUGUCUCUUUCGUAGCAACGAAGCCCGAUGACGUGAAAUGAGUUGUGAGCAUUCAACCGCUAAAGGAUAGCACUUAUAUAUAUAUAUAUAUAAGUAUGUAUGUGUAUGUACGUAUACGCGUGCGCACGCGUGUAUAGAUACCGAUCAUUGGGUUUUCUUACAAUUUUCGAUCCUUGCACUCGAUAUAAAACUUGGAUCUUUAAGUAAAAAAGACAGUAGUGCACUGUUAUGACGUGGAACUUGGACUUAAUUCGAGUGCAUUCAAUGACGACUAUUUCAGCGAAGAUUACUUUUCAUCGCUGAUAAUUACAUCUGUUUGUUUUUAUCGCGAUUAUCAAGCAUCGAAAUGGCGACAACACGUAGUCCCCGUUACUGGCGCGGAUAGGCCAGUGUGUCUGCUCAGUGUAGCGUAACAGAGUCCCGCAAUUUUUUAAAUGCUCUUGUGUACAUUUGUGUCUCUUAAAUUUAUUACCAUGUUAAUAUGCGACAAAAAUGUUUCGAGUAAAAAGAUCACUUUUGGGUCCGCAGUUUAUAAUAUACUAUUUGUUAUAAAUUGACGACCACGGACGUGUUCUAGCCGUAAGUAAAACGGUAUCCUAUAGCGAUAUAGUUUUAAACAGUAAAAUUGAUUAGAAUCGAACGAAAGCGAGCGAACGAAAGGACGAGAAAGAGAGUGUAUGAGUAACAAUCACCAAUUUCAUCGUUGUGAAUUAUAUACAUCUUAAAGCAUAAGAAUACAUAAUUAUGUCUUAGAAAAUGUUCUCUCAACGAUUCUUUUUUUCUUUUUUUUUUUUUUUCGUAUUCGCAUAUGAAGUCCACUUGAAGUUUCUGAGCGUCGUGGAAAAUUUUUCUUUGUCACAUAUUUAUAUUGAUUUAUUUCAUGCUACAGCGAUCUUUAAGUUGUUGGCCUAAUAAAACUAAAUUUUAUCGAUAUUUUAUAUUCUAUAUAUAUCAUAUAUUUCACGAAGAUUUAAUUCAAAUCGAAAAACAUAUUGUGAAUAUUACAGAAAUAUUGAUGUGUAUCGCACAUGCGAAGACCAUCCCGUCCCCACUUCUUUUCGUCAUAUUUCAUUUGCACAACCUGUAUAAGUUUUGUUUGAUCUUAGUUAUAUAAUAUCUGCGAAAUGAAGAAUGUUAUAUACCUGCUGCUCGUGUUAAACGAGGUAUAUCUAUACUUCUGCAAGAGAGAUAUUCCGAGUAGGCAAUAAAUACACUUCUUUCAAAUCA